AUGGCUGAACUAAGUACUCCAAACCAGACUACACCACCUCAGAGGAGUACUUCACAACCCAAUCGCCAGUCCCGACCCCGGGCCAGGCCUCCGCAGCCCCAUCAACAGCCACAGAUCCCACUGCAGCCUCACAUUGGUCUUCAACUUCAUCCACUUGCGCCACAUUUUCUCCCGCUGCCACAGAUUGCUCCACAUUUUCUCCCGCCACCACCCUUUUUCCCUCCCCCGUUUGCUGCAGGGCCAAAUUUUUUCAUCCCGCCACUGCCUCCGGGGCCAGAUGAGGCUGCUGCACCCGAACCAUUUCGUCCGCUGCUGCCAGGCAAUGCUGAACCAAUGGUCCUUGCAGGACUAAUGAUGCCCCCACCGCCGCCGCCGUUUGAAGUAGCUAGGUGGCCAAUUGAGGGUGUUGGAGGUGGAGCUGAGCCGCCAUUUCGUCCGCCGCAACACUAUGGUGUCAUUGCAAUACCUACAAUCCGUCCUCCUUUCUAG